UUCUGUGCGGUUGUUAAAGUGUAUUUCCUAGGUCGGCUGUAGACCCUGCCCUCUGUAUAUCACUGUAUUGACGUGUUGUUAGCAAAUGGGAGCAGAACGUCCGAUCCUUCGCAUGAGGGGGUCAUUCUGACUACAGGGCCGAUCCUUCGAAUGAAGAGGUCAUUCUGACUACAGUUGCCACUUGUUGCUAAACCCUUCAGGGCUUCAAUACUCGACCACCGCAAAUACAUUGAUAGCCUACACUUUAAUCCUACACGUUAAUCUAUUCUCUCCAAUAGAGACGCGGAUCUCGAUGUUGAAUCAGGAUUCAGGAAUACUCCCACAACUAACAUUGAAAGGAGAUACUUUGUGAACUGUUUGAUAUUUCGGUCUAAUCUGACGGGCGAAGCAUGGUUGAUAAUACCAGUAUAGCAACCAAAUCUGCUUUGCAAGCAGCGUUCUCCUCGUCCAGCAACCUCCCCCUGCUCGUCUCCUCUGCCUCCACACACAGCCACUUCCCCGGCUCACACUCACAGUCCCAGCAGCCCAGCGGCGGAGGCAUGAAGCUAGAGGCGGUCAUGGAAAACCUCCAAAGACAGCAGGCUGCCCGCCUGGCGCUAGAAGAGAAGCUCCGUCAGGCGGAGAAAGAGAAGGAUCUCCGCUCCAUGGUCGAGUCCCAGAUACACCAACAAGCACUCGCGUUCCACCACUACCAGGCAGCGGUCCGGGGCGCUUUCGCCGCGGGAGUAGCGAACUCUUCUCCCAGCUUGGCGAGGUCCGCUGAACCGGGACUGGCUGUCCAUCACAGUUUCGACGCCCGCAGGCACUCAGAGAGAGCCGACGACUCCGAUAUGGAUGAUGAUCCAGAGGGGAUGGACCGAUGCAUGAAUGAUGACGACCGGAAUCUGGAUGGAGAUGACAUGGACAACGAAGGAGUCGUGGACGAUGAGGAUGAAGAGGACAUGGAGGGGGCUCUCAGCCACUACCAGCCCCACCACCCCAUGCACCCCGGUGCGGGACACUCUCCGAAGGGCACCCCGGUGCAGUUCAUGUCUAGAAUUCCCCCCUCCUUCGUUGCGCCCCGGCAGUUGGAAUCCCCGGGCGGGAUGGCACCACAGUCUCAGAACCACGAAUGGACUUACGAGGAGCAAUUCAAACAGUCAGGCCAAGGCAGUGCACCAGAGAGGAAGCUGGGAAAUUCAAGUGUCGGUAUCGGUGGCGGCUCCUCGUCUCUGAUUCAGGAGUUGUACGAGUUGGAUAACGAUGACAAGAGGAAAGAGUUUCUUGAUGACCUCUUCAGUUUUAUGCAGAAGAGAGGGACUCCAGUGAAUCGUAUUCCUAUCAUGGCCAAGCAGGUGUUGGAUCUGUACACGCUCUACAAGCUGGUCACAGAAAAAGGCGGCUUAGUGGAGGUCAUCAAUAAGAAAAUAUGGCGUGAGAUCACCAAAGGCCUCAACCUCCCUACCUCCAUCACCAGCGCAGCGUUCACCCUGCGUACUCAGUAUAUGAAGUACCUCUACCCUUACGAAUGUGAAAAGAGGGGUCUGAGCUCCCCCGGAGAGCUCCAGGCAGCUAUCGACAGUAACCGCCGUGAGGGACGUCGUCAGAGCUACGGGUCGGCCAUCUUUAACUACUCUCCAAUGGGGACAACCUCCAUCGUCUCCUCCUCCAAGAUGAACAUGCCUCACUUGGCCAUGUCCACCCUCAAUGGAGCACAUGUGACCCAGGGACACAGCAUCAAGAAAGAGGAUGGUCUGAUGGCGGGCUGUCUGUCGGGUCGUGUGGGGGGGGGACCCAUGUCUCUGGGAGGUCACCCCCAAGCUUUGGCAGCUCAGGAGGCUGCAGGGCUACAGGCUGCAGCGUUGGAGCAGCUGAGGGAGAAGCUGGAGAGCGGGGAGCCGCCGGAGAAGAUGGGGAUGGCCGAGGAGCAACAGAGACUCAUGCAGCACGCGGUGCAGCAGAACCUCCUCGCCAUGGCAACACAGCUUCCCAUGAACAUCAAGAUCAACAACCGAGCUGAGCGGAUGAGAGAUGAUAGACAAGAGACUCCAUUGAACCUGUCUACCAGCGGCAUUAGCAGCAUCAACAUGUCAAUAGAAAUAGAUGGAGUUGUCUACACAGGUGUUCUGUUUGCCAGGAAGCCCUCCCUCCCUACUAUGCUGGGUGGUCACCGGGUCCAGAACCAGAAUGACACCUUCUCUCAGGGAAAGACCAGUCCGGGGAUGAACUCCUCCUCCAUACAGAUCCAACCGUCCUGCUCCUCUUCCUCCUCCUCAUCCUCGGUCCACGGACAUGGAAACUCCUCCCCCUGAGCUGAGUCCCACCCAAAGCUCCACCCCCUAACCCCCGCCCCCAUCAUUCCCCAAAGACAACAAGCGGUCUGAGAUACCAGAAGAAAAUACUUCUAUUGUUUUUGAAGGUGGUUUUUCCCUUCCUCCUCCUCUUCCUCUUUCUCCUCCCUUUUCUCAAACUCCCUUAUUCAAGUUGAAAGAAUGAAAAUAAAAAGUUUUAUUUACUGAGAAAAUACUUCUGUAGAAAAAUAAAAUUCUCUCUCGCUCUAUUCUCUUUCCUUCCUCUGAACUCUGACCUCUGAAUGGUAUGUAGAGGACCUCUGAACCCUGUGUGUAUUCAGAUACAUUCUGCUGUCUUUUUUUGCGUUUCCUGAGAACAGCUGCUCAGUUUGGAGCGGUGUAAACAUAUAGGUAAAGAUAUAUGUGGUGACACAUCAUUAGACGCAAGGAACUGUGGGACAAAGACACUGAGAGACUGAGACAUGUUGGCUCUCUGUCUGUCUGUCUGUCUGUCUGUCUGUCUGUCUGUCUGUCUGUCUGUCUGUCUGUCUGUCUGUCUGUCUGUCUGUCUGUCUGUCUGUCUGUCUGUCUGUCUGUCUGUCUGCAGCUCCUCCAACAGAAGAGAGGAUUCUUGACCUCGUACCCGAAGAGAGAAAUGCUUGUUAACCUGUAGCAGGGUUGGGGGUCAAUUCCAUUUUAAAAUCGUCAAUUCAGAAAAUAAACAUUUUCCUAAUUGAAAAGCAUUAAAGAGAAAUAGCAUUCAGUGUACUUCCUGAGUUUGCUGGAAUAGAAAUGGAAUUGACCCCAACCCUGAUCUGUAGUAUGGCUUGUUUGAAACCUCUGCUAGGCAUAAGGAGGCCAUUUCAUUGUCACUGAAAAUCUUCAGUUUUCUUCUUGUUUUUGAUCACAAACCAGAGAAGAUUGCUACUUUAAGCUAAUAACCAAAGAAAAACAAGAGUAACCAAUGAAAAGAAAGUAAAGAAUAAAAACUAUAACAUACACAGACAGCACAGAUACAAUAGUGGAACCAAAUGACCAAACUAAGGAUAUACUGUAUAUCACAAGCACAUCCUGACAAAGCACAUCUCACAGAAUCAGGGAAAACAUAAUUUCUUCUUUCUUUCUUUUAGAGAGGAACAUAUCAUGUUAUCUAGCUAUUGAAGCUGGUUCCGCUCUGAUCAAUCGAUGCCGCCAGCUAUAUCAACACAUUAUUUAAUGCUGUGGGACAAUAGCUAGAGUGUCAAGACAUGCCUUCGUCAGUAAAGGGGUAAACCAAAUAGCCUAGUAACCUAGAGCGUUCGACACUGUCGGUCCUGGUCGGAGCCUCUUAUCUAACCCUUCUCACGGAAGAGAGAUUGCACGAUGGCUCUGAUUAAAUAUGAUGUUGCGACACAUUCAACAUUGAUUUAAGCUCACACUUUAGUAUGAAUAAUUUAUUACCAGCAACGUUUUCUGGUGAAGGCGUUACCUUUGCAAUCAGACGGAAACAUACCUGCUGGUAUGACUAUCCCCUGGUGGGUGGUUCUAGUUAAAUAGAGUCCUGGGAAUCCCAAUCUGUAGUCCAGUUCAACAUAUUACUCCACAGAUGGAGAUAUGUGGGUUAAACACAUAAUGUAGAACAGCAGAACGAGGCUAUAGGUGUUGGAGCACUGAUGUAAUCAUCAAUCACACAGUGGCUUUAUCUUGUGACUGGCACCCGUCUUUCUUUUGAAGUGCACUUGUGUCUGACAUUGGAGAGUUUCUCCAUACUCACUAUUUCGCUCUCUUUGUCUCUCUCUCUCUCUCUCUCUCUCUCUCCCUCUCUUUGUCC